GUUCAUUGAAAGGCGCUGGCGCUCGCUCCUGAUGCUGGACUUCUCGACUCUCUCGACUCUCUGCUUGUUCUAUGCGAAGUGGGAAACAUUUCUGGCUGUAUCGUUUCCUCCAUCUUUCUUUCGUGAACCUGCACACGCACACACAUGUUGUGAGCACCGGCUUUCACUCCCCCAGCGUUGGCCGUGUCACCUUAUUUGGGGCCGCGCAACCACUCAAUGCGCCUAUACCUGUAGCGAUAAAUUUGCACCGCCAGCCAGUCUUUUGACACUCUUUCCAGCGGAUCCUUCUUGUCCCCCAAUCCGCGCGUCAGAUCUUUAUUCGGUGUCUGUCACCGUCGCGCCAAACGAAACAAAACUUCGCAAUUUCCCGCAUCCUGCACUUAGGUACUGCCCACCUCCUUCCGCUGACGACCAACUUGUCUACCGCGUCAGCUCAAAAUGUCGAGCGCCGUAGAUGCCGUUAAUAAUGUGAAGAACACUUUCUCCAGCUGGGACAGCUGCAUGUCAAAGGCAUAUUGCAAAUGGCCUGUAAUAGCUGGUAUCAUAAUUGGCUCUCUCAUCCUUCUCUCCGUCCUUGUCUGCAUUGGUCGCUGUAUAUGCUGCGGUGCUGAGUGUGCAUGUUGCUGUUUUCGAUGUUGUGCAGGCUGUUGUGGGAGCCGUCGCCGCGACCGGGGGCACAAACAACUUGAUCCUGUGGCUCCUACGCCGUAUGGGUCGAGAGGAGCAUCUGGCCUACCAAUGUACAAUUCUCAAUACCGAUCUGCACCGCCACCAAUCUACCAGAACAACACUGUUCCUCAAACAGCCACGUUUGAGGGUAAGGUGCAUGAAGAUUCUUUGCCUGCAAUGCCAAGCUGGGAGAAUGCGACCGAGAGACGAGUGGAGGUGAUUGAGGACGUCAAACAGCCUAUUGAGAGUCAUGAAAUGGAGAAGUUGAGUCCUACAGGACAGAAAAGCCCGACGCCCGUUCCUGGAUACGCGGCCCCUUCACAACCUGCAAGCGCGAUGGCUAUUGGCAAUGGACCGCACAGUCCCUACGCAGCCGACGAGCGAGACCCUUUCCUGCAAGGUGGUCAAUCCACUGGAGUGACACAUGAUGGUUAUCGAGGAGCAUCACCUGGACCCGGGCAAGCUGUCGGCUAUGGAUAUGCAAGUCACAGGCCGGGUGGACUUCAGAACUCGCAACCGAGUUUCAACUCGUACCACGAUUCCAGGUCCGAUUUCUAUGCUCAGACAGGGCAAGGGGGUCCUUACGACCACCAGCCGAGACCGUCGAACUACGGCGCAUCGUACAGCAACCUUGGACAGCAAGAAUACGACAGACAGUACGGAGAACAGAGACAAGCAAAUGGCAGGCCGUACGGCGAGCAACAGCCAGGCUAUGGUCGGCAGAACAGAGAGCUUAGGCAGGACGUUGGGUACCAACAACCUGCCGGCUCACCCGUUUAUGACCCCCGUCAGCCGGGCUACGACUCGAAUCAGGGAGCGUACAGGGCAUUCUCACCUGCCUAUGGGGAUCGACAGGAUAGGAGAGCGCCUAAUGGAUCAUGGAAAGAUGUCUAAGCUGGCACGUCAAUUGACUUGAAGCGUCUUGCAUAGCAUUUUUGAUGAUUGGCAUAGCGUUCGGAGUAUGGCGUAAGUGAGAUACGUACGAUUCAUGAGUCUUGUCACAUGUACGGGAUUUCUAAGGACAUGAGAGCGCAAAGUAGUACAGAAGGAAAAGAAUUGUAUGAUAUUUGCGCAUUGUGCGCAUUCAGAUCAAACACAUAUAAUGCGGCAGGAGAGCCGUGAAUGCCAUUCACCAGCAAAGAAUCGAUGGCGUCGACUUCGACCUUGUCUCGUGAAUCAUCGGAUGAUCAAAGAUACAUAAAUCAAGUGAAGCUUCCAAGUGCUGAUUUCGACGUUGGUCAGCGUGUCUCGUGAGC